AGAUAAAAGAGUUAGGUAAACGUCUUCCCAAUUAUUUUAGAGAACAGCGAUAAACACCUGAGAUAACGGUUUUUAUUCGUUCUUGUUUGAUAGUACCGCUCGUAAAUAGUGCGCUGAAACAUAUUAAUCUCGCGAUAAACCCCUAAUCUACAGAUAGAUAACAUGGUAAUUAAAAAGCGCAGCUAGAUAUAAAAGUUGUACAAAAAGUAAUGGUUAAAAAAAAUAAGACACAUCAUGGAUUCAAUGGGAAAUAGCACUCUGGACAAGAUCCAGAGGGAAAUACAAGAAACACUUGAGAGGGAGGAUGAACUGAAAACUGAAUAUUCCAAACUGCAUAAUGGAAAUGGAGAAAAUAUAAAUAAUAAUGGACUUCCUGCCCGAAAUGAUAGCCCUACAUCGAUUGGAUCGAAUGAGUCUCAAAAAUCUAAUGGAUUCAGAAAAUUUACUCCUAAUACCACCACUAAAGGUGUAAUGCAGAAAUUUUUUAAAAGUCGUGGUAAAGUGGGCAUGUCUUCCAUUAAAUCGACCCAGAGCAACAGUAAUGGCUGGGUGAGUGAUGCAGAUUUCCAGCCUGCCAAAGUAACCAUCGAGAAAGGUAAACCUGUUAGGAACGGUUACAUUCCUGCAGAGGAAAAAAUAGUUAAAGAACUACAAGAAUUUCAAAUCCGAGAAGCGGAAUUGCGGAAGGAGAGAAGGAAAAGUCAGCCCAAUUUAAUGGCAGCUUUAGAACUCGAGGAGUCUGAGCUGGAGUUGGAGAAUGGUUUUAAAGAAAAUUCCAUUUUAAAGCCGGCAAAAUCGAUGGCCAGCUUGUAUAAGCCUGAGGAGGAAGAUGAGCAGCAAAACCAUUCCGCACCCUGUAGUCUGAAACCUGCUCGUUCAUUGGCAGCCCUCUGUGAUCUCACUGAUGAUGAAGUUGAAAUGCCAGGUACUUACUCUCUUAUAAAGCAAUUUGAGAGCAUGAAGAGUAAGGAGGCACGUUCCUAGGCAGCUUGAUAAUAUGUGAUAAAUCCGUCCCAGUUUUAAAGUAUUUAAUUUAUUAAGGCAUUGUUUGCCAACAGCCUUUUCCUGUCUUAUAUAUUUAUAUCCAAAUGGAAUCUGUACAAUCCAUUUCUAAAUAGUUAAGUGGUUAAUUUAUUGUUUCAACAUUUACUUAAAGUAUUUGAACAUGAUUAAAAUCAUGUAUAACUGAUUUUUAAUCCAUCAUGAUACAGUGGAGAUUAUAGACGUUGCAUUUGUUGAUCCUUAUUGGAUUGCAUUGUGAAGGAUUUUGAUUGAAUAGUGGUUAUAAUUGUGCCUGAUUGAGACAAUGCUAAUUUUAUAUACAUUACAUUAGUAGUACAAAACUCUUGCCUUAUGCUUGGAUUUCAGGUUGUGCCAAUAUACAAAUUAUAUUUUUUUAAUCAGUAUUUGAAUUUGUCAUUCCUGUUUGUUGCAUUUACACUAGUUGUAUGUAGGUUAUAAAAAUAUAAAACUAUCUACCCUUUAAAAAAUAAUUUAUCUACAUAUCAUUUUUAUAUUGAAAUAUAUCGUUCUUGCCCUAGCAAAACUUUUGUUUAUAAUGGUGCAAAUUUAAGAAAGAUAAAUAAGAAUUGAAAAUUAUUUUUUUUUUCAAUGGUUGUUAUCUGAAUAGGUAUAUAUUUUUUGUAAUCUUAUCAAUAAUUUGAUUCGUAUACAUUAAAAAGAAAAUGUACUUUGUUAAAGUUAUUUUAUAUUACAUGCACAGAUUUUAGAUGAAGCACAAAUAGAAACUGUUACAUGUUAAUGGAAGAGCACCAAUCACGACUAUUUUAUAAUAAUUUUAUAUAGUGUUUAAUUAGAUUUGUUCUUUCUCUGGAGUGAUACAUAUAUUUUUCUGUACAUUUAUGAAAAUCCAGCAGAUAUAUUUUUCACUUUUGUUUUUAAAAGGCUUGCAAACU